AUGUCAAACGCAUCCUGGGUCCCCGACGAGCCGUCGUCCACGCUCUACGACGAGAAAACAUGGCUGCAGGGCGCGAUCCUGACCGGCGUGGGCUACGGCAUCAACGUGACGCUCUUCGUGCAGUGCUUCCACGCGCUGCUGGCGAAGCGGCCCGGCGCGGAGGGCGCGCGGAAGCGGGCGUUCUACCUGGCGUACAUCUCGGCGAUGUUCGUGCUCGCGUCGCUGUUCGUCGGGGCGUGCUCCGAGAUGACGCAGCUGUCGUUCAUCCAGUACCGCAACAUCCCCGGCGGCCCGAGCAUGUACGAGAACGUCGAGUUCUCGAUCCCCGCGGACGAGGCGGGGAACGUCUCGUUCGUGCUCACCAACUGGUUCGCGGACGCGCUCAUGGUCUGGCGAUGCAGCGUGAUCUACAGGGGCGGCCGCUUUCCUCCAUGGCUCGCCAUCGCAUUUCCCUGUCUCAUGUAUGCAGCAGAAAUCGUCAUCGGUUUGCUGUUCCUCAUUCAAGUGUCUGCACCCUCCGGUUCGCCAUAUCUGACCGGCGCGGCGGGGGCGAUCAACUGGACGCUGCCGUACCUGUGCAUCGCCGUCUCGCUGAACGUCAUCGUCACGAUUAUGAUCGUUGCCCGCCUGCUGCUGUACCGAUACAGAAUUUCGCGCGUGCUGGGCCCGCGCCACGGUUCGCACUACACUGGCAUUGCCGCGAUGAUCGUCGAGUCCGCCGCGCUGUACUCAGCGUUCGCGCUCCUCCUCAUCAUUCCCUUCGGCAUGAACAACUCGCUGGCAAACGUCUUCCUGCAGUCGCUGUCCCAAGUCCAGGUCAUCGCGCCGCUGCUGAUCAUAUACCGAGUCGCCCAAGGAAAGAGUUGGACGGAGAACACGUCUCUCACGAUGAACGGCAAGGACAAGGCCAGUUCGACGAUGAUAUUCAUGAGAAACGUGACCGGCGCGGACGAGGACUCGCGCAAGCCGGCGGUGCACAGCAGCAGCAUGCCAGAACAGAGCGCGUCCGAGUCGGGAGGAGACUUGGAGUUUAAGGUAGCGGCGGUCUAG